AUCCACAUCAAGCUUCAAGAAGUCUUAUUUAUUUCGUCUUUGUCUGCCAAUUCUCGGUAUACUAAUACACCAAACAACAUCAUGUCUUCAUCCGACAUCCCCUCCUCUUGUCGCGCAGUCGUGAUUGAGAAGAAAGGUGCACCUUGGACGAUCAAAGAUGUUCCCAUCUCUGCGCCCAAGUCGGGGGAGGUCCUGAUCAAGGUACUUGCAUGUGGCAUCUGCCAUUCGGAUAGCUUUAUGCAGCAGGGCCAUCUGGGGGAGGUCUACCCUCGCGUCCCAGGACACGAAGUCAUUGGAAAGGUAAUCGCAGUUGGUGAUGGCGAAAAGAAGUGGAAGAUUGGAGACCGUGUCGGCGGAGGAUGGCAUGGUGCUCAUGAUGGGAGCUGCAAAUCGUGCAAUAAAGGGAUGUUCCAGAUGUGCGAGAAUGAGCUUGUUAAUGGGGUUAGUAGGGAUGGUGGAUAUGCUGAGUACUGUACUCUACGCAGCGAGGCUGCAGUGCGUAUUCCCGCCGAUGCCAAUGCCGCCGAAUACGCUCCCCUACUCUGCGCUGGCGUCACAGUGUUCAAUGGCAUCCGCAAGAUGAACAUUCAACAGGGCGACACUGUCGCUGUGCAAGGUCUUGGUGGCCUAGGUCAUUUGGCACUCCAAUACGCCCGCAAGAUGGGGUACCGCACGGUCGCUGUAUCCUCUUCGGAUAGCAAAAGGGACUUCGCUGCCCAGCUUGGCGCAAACGACUACAUCGACACAUCAAAAGAGAAUGCGGCAGAGGCACUACAAAAGAUGGGUGGCGCAAGCCUCAUUGUUGUGACGGCACCGAACCCGCAGAUCAUAGGGCCGCUGGUUGAUGGCCUUGGACCUCUGGGCAAACUGCUUGUCCUUGCUCCCGUGGGCGAUAUUCCAGUCAACACCGUGAGCCUAAUCAUGAAGGGCAAAUCGGUCCAUGGAUGGCCAUCCGGACACGCGCUGGACAGCGAGGAAGCGAUUGACUUUGCGGAGAAACAGGGCGUGAAGUGCAUGGUCGAGAAGUUCCCAUUCGACAAAGUAGAGGAUGCUGUUAAGCACAUGGAAAGUGGAAAGGUGAGGUUCAGGAGUGUGAUCGUUAUGGAGUAAGAAGUCCAAGAAGUUCCGCGCAUGGCAAGGAUGCUGGACGCGGUCAGCGCGGGUAUGGAAACCAUAGAAAAACGUCAGGAACUAUAGCUGAGGAGAUGAUUGAAACAAUGAAACAAUUGCCAUUAUGCGAAAUGUCUUGCUAUAUGAAGCCCGCAUAUGGGCUCGUGGUCGUGCCGGGAUGAUGGAGGUUUGCG